AUGACCGGUGACUUGCGGUUACCUCAAACCCUCACCGUUCUACAUGUAGAACAGGAGGUCAUUGGGGAUAACACACCUGCCAUUGAGAGUGUUCUCCAAGCUGACACUAAACGUGCCAGCCUUUUGGCCGAGUUGGAAAAGUUGAAAAGAAGCAAUGGUGCUGACAGUGAUGCCACUUCUCUCCGUUUGGCAGAAGUCUUCGACCAAUUGGUCUCCAUUGAUGCCGAUAGCGCUCCUGCAAGAGCUGCUGCAAUUCUUCAUGGUCUUGGCUUUGAAUCCGACAAACAGACCAAACCAACUAAGGAGUUUUCUGGUGGUUGGAGAAUGCGCUUGGCUCUGGCUCGAGCUCUAUUCGCAAAACCUGAUUUGCUUCUUCUCGAUGAACCUACUAACAUGUUGGAUAUCCGAGCCAUCAUUUGGUUGGAGAGCUACAUUCAGGCACGCUUAACCUGGAGUGGAAUAAUGAUUGUUGUCUCUCACGACCAAGCCUUUCUGAAUUCUGUAGCUACUGAUAUCAUUCAUCUGACGUCUCAGCGGCUGGAUGCUUACAAAGGAGAUUAUGACGACUUUCUCAAAGCCAGAGAUGAGCGUCUUCUGAAUGAGGAGAGAGAGUAUAAUGCUCAGAUGGCCGAACGGGCUCAUAUUCAGAAAUUUAUCGAUACUUUCCGAGCUAACGCAAGCAGAGCCUCGUUAGUACAGAGCCGAAUUAAAAUGCUGGAGCGUAUGCCAAAGCUUACACCUCCUGAAAAGCCUGUCAAGGUGGCUUUCAAGUUACCUGAUUGUGAAGAGCUCACUCACCAACCUCUCGUCCAACUUGAUGAAGUCAGUUUCCGUUACAAUCCUGAUACUCCAUUGCUUGAAGAUAUCGAUCUAAGCGUUGUUUACAACUCUCGGAUCUGUAUUGUUGGUGAAAACGGUGCUGGUAAGAGUACACUUCUUCGCUUACUUUUGGGUGAACUGACUCCAACAAAAGGUCUUCGCCAUGCUCACAGACAACUUCGCAUGGCCUACUUCUCACAGCACCACGUUGAUCAACUCGACCUUAAUGUUUCCAGUCUCGAAUUCUUAAUGAAGAAGUUCCCCAAUGAAACUGAACAGCGCUAUCGUAGCCAGCUUGCCAGUUUCGAAAUUGGAGCUUUGUUAGCUCAACAACCAAUCGGAAGUCUUUCUGGAGGUCAGAAGUCUCGAGUCGCCUUUGCUGCUCUCAGCAUGUCUAAACCCAAUCUCCUGGUGCUUGACGAACCUACUAACCACUUGGAUAUUGAGACAAUCAUAGCCCUGGGAGACUCACUGAAAUCCUUCAAAGGAGGAGUAGUACUUGUCUCUCACGAUGAGCGUUUGAUUUCCUCGGUAUGCACAGAGUGCUGGGUGUGUACUCGCUAUAAAAAUGACGACAAGAACGUAGUUUCUCCUGUUGGUACGAGAGCCAGCCGUGUGUUUAUACUUCCGGGUGGAUUGGAUGAGUACAAGAAGGCUGUGAAGAGUCAAUUCGAUGAUGAUGUCAAAACUGGAUGA